AUGGAAAACAUUUAAUUGUAUCAGUCAUCCAAAAAGGAAGAGGUAUAUUCAACAGUGUAAAUAGAAUAUAUGAUUGUUGAUUUUAUCAAUAAUAGUUCAUCAAAUUUUGUUGAAUAGAUACCUAAUUAUAUCAAAUAUUCGAUUUGUGAUAUAUUACAAUAAGGUCUUAAAUCAGCAGCAAAAUUGUGUGGAAAUUCAAAAUCUAUAAAAGAAAUUUUUAGAAAAUCAACGAUUAAUUAACAGCUAUGUUUAGAAGAGAGGCAUUCUUAAAUUAGUACACAAAUGAAGGGUAAUCAUUAAUCUGUAAAUUAAUUAAGGAACGGAUGAAAUGGAAUUGGUUGAUGCUGAAUCUGAAUGA